AUGCAGGCACUCACGCAUUCAGGACGCAUCAAGCGCAUCAGGAUCAUUCAGGCAGGCACAACGAGUAUCAUCGAAGGCAAAGAGGUUGUCUGGCAGGACGAGGCAGACUCCACACUAACAGAAGGAAUAGAUUUCGAGAACAACGGGCUGGUGAUCCGAACCGCCGGGCAGUACUUUGUCUACACCCAGGUGGUCUUUCAUGGCAGAAGCUGCCAGGAGAAACCCACCUACCUGAGCCACAACAUCUCCUCGCUCUCGGCCAGCUACCCAGAUGAGAACCUGCUCCUGAAGGCCAUCAAGUCCGUCUGCGAAUACGGCCCUCACGGCGAACCAUGGUACAAGACAUCCUACCAGGGAGCCAUCUUCCACUUCCUGGAGGGAGACCAGAUCUACUCCAGGGUUACUGAGAAGGUGGUGAGCUUUGUGGACAUUGCUCAUGGGAAAACCUUCUUUGGUAUAUUCGCCUUGUGAGGAACCCAGAUAAGAGCAACUAGGUGCGAUGUUUCGACUGAAACAACAGUUUGAAUGGCAGUGCUGGCUCGAAGGGCCGAAUGGCCUACUCCUGCACCUAUUGUCUAUUGUCUAUUGUCAAACACACAAUGGGGCACAUUGUCCUAUACAGUAGCCUUUUGGGCAUUCAAUGCUUGGUUUAAGUCCAAUAUAAGCAGGUUUUUCUGUUUAAUGGUUAAAUGUUAAUUUGUAUUAAAUUCGUUUUUUGUUCUUGUUGUAACAGGUAUUCUUUAGGGUAAUUACGCAGAUAGUUCUAAUAUCUUCUUCUUGCGUA